AUGCUCAGGCUUCAGAAGAGGCUGGCCUCCAGCCUCCUCCGCUGCGGCAAAAGGAAGGUCUGGUUGGACCCCAAUGAGACCAACGAAAUCGCCAAUGUCAACUCCCGGCAGCAGAUUCGGAAGCUGAUCAAAGAUGCGCUGACCAUCCGGAAGCCUGUGACUGUCCACUCCCGGGCUCAGUGCCGGAAAAACACCUUGGCCCGCAGGAAGGGCCGGCAUAUGGGCAUCGGUAAGCGAAAGGGAGAAAGUAACCUGGAUGAGGAGGAUGAGAAUUCUUCGCCGGCUACUCAGAAGAUACAGGGAAUCUAA